UGCUUUUAUGUCUAAUCUGUUUUUGCAGGCAGCGUGUCCAACUACAGCUAUCAAACUUUAGUUUUUCCAGCAUCUGGACCAAAACGCCAUUUUCGGCAAAGGUAAGUCGACCAAAAAUGUCAAAAAGUGUAUUUUGAUCCAUGAAUGUUAACUGUUCAAUUUCUAUUCACAGGUUGCUUGUCUGCAAAUUUGAACUGCAAUGGCCAACGUCACGCUAAAAGGUGCUGUUGAGCUAGUCGUGACAAAUGCUGUCAAUCCCACCGAGGCACCGGAACUGACAACACUCAGUCCAGUGACGCCUGGGUCCAACAAUCCGACUGAGCAACCAAAACCAACAAUGGCCACUCCAGCAACGCCUGCACCCGUCAAUCUGACUGAGCAACCAAAACAAACAAUGGCAACUCCAGCGACGCCUGCACCCGUCAAUUCGACUGAGCAACCAAAAUCAACAACGCCCACUCCAGCGACGUCUGGGUCCACCAAUCCGACUGAGCAACCAAAACCAACAGCGCCCACUCUUGCGACGUCUGGGUCCACCAAUCCGACCCUCCAGCCAAACCAAACAACACCUGGAAAAAACAAUUCUACAAUCUCAACUGAUUCAGUCAGUCCAGCAACAGAUCCUAAGCCCACAAUUGUACCAGAUAUCUGUGAGCGACUGCCAUGUCCUAGCGGGAGCCAAUGCGAGGCUCGUGCCAAUAAUAGCCGCGUCUGCUUGUGUAUGGCCGGCGAUUACUUCAAUGAGGGCAGCCAGCGUUGUGAGACGGCCAAAGUCUUCCCUGGACAGCUGGGAGUGCCUGCAAUAGAAUUUCAAAAUGACAUGAAAAACAAAACAUCACCUGCGUUUCAACUUGCUGCCAAGCAAAUUUCUCAUGAGGUUUAUAUACUUUUCACGAAGACACCUGGUUACUUGGGGUCCAUUGUGCUGGAACUCAAGAAAAUUGAACCUCCAAAAGUACGAGCCGCGCCGGGUGUCAUUGCUUCUUUGGAGAUGGUCUUCCAGACGUCUGCUCAAAUCAAAGCACAGGACAUUGAGAAGGCCGUGACCGACGUCUCCACAUGUGAGGGAUGUCUUCUGGCAAAUUCAAGCUUCGCAAAAACUAAACUGUGUGAUAAGAAACCUUGCGAGGGGAAAACCACGACAUGUUCGGAGAAAGACGACGGACAUUUCUUAUGCAGCUGUUCGAAGGAUUACGUCACCACAGAAUACAGUCAGAGAGCGUGUGUUGCUUGCCCAAGUGGUCAGGAACCAAAGGGAACUAAGGAAUGUGCAGAUUGUCCAUAUGGUUACUCCGGUUUUAACUGCAAUGAAUCAUGGAAGCUAGUUUUGGUCAUCGUUGGCUCAGUUCUCGGGGGAUUACUGCUCAUCACAAUCAUCGUUCUAAUCGUCGUGGCGACCAAAGCCCCAAAGAGCUCCAAGAAAACAAAAAAGGAUUUGGAAACCAGGAGUCUCGACGUGAUCCACUUUACCGAUAAGGAACCCCUCGUUACAAGCCUGCCGACCAAUCAGCAGGGCUCUCUGGGUAAGCCUGCGCCAGUCCCGGGCGUCAAACCCUUCCCCAGCGGAGCGGUGCCGAGGAUCCCCCGAGCCACGGCCGCCAGUCGCUGGGACAGUGGGAUCAACCUGGAGAUGACGCCGAGCAAUAGUCGCCCUAGCUCCGUGGCUCAUGAGAGAGGUUCUUGGCUCAAUGACAACCCAGAAGACGUGAACGGCGGUCCGUACUCGCGGCCUCGCAACCAGACCAACCCGUACGCCCAAAGUAGGCCCGUGAAUAACCCCUACUCAGAAUCCCAAUCCGCGAACAACCCGUACGUCCAGGAUCGGCCCCGGACCAACCCUUACGCUCGGAACCAAGGCCAAAGCAACCCAGUCUACUCGCAUGACAAUGAAAGACCGUUCAACUACUGAAGAGCAUUUUUCUCAUCACAAACGACAAGUGGAAACAUUUGUUGCAGUGGUUGAAAUAUGGGGAAUACUUGGACUCAAAUUUUGCUCUUGUUAAUUCUGCUAUCUAAAUAAUCAUUUUAAAAAUGUCAUAAUUCAUUUCAAAAGUGCAGAGCGCCGCUUCUGUCCGUUGGCGCCAUCUAGUGGAUGAAUAUUGAACUGACGGGGGCCAGAAUCAGUUGGAAGACUGCUAGCCGAGCUGUUUAGUUGAACUGGAAACUUAAACAAAGUUUUGUGAGUUUAUCUCUGGAUGGGAAAAGUUCAAACUUGUGUGUUUGUGAAUGUGAAAUCCAGUUCCGACAUGCAACAAAUGAAGCCCAAAAAUGGUAGGUUUAGUGUUUAUUCCUUGCUCGUUUACACUGGGUGACUUAGCUUAUUUUAGCUUAUUUUAAACGUACCACACAAUAUGGCUCGCAUGUUUUGUUUUCAGUUGGUAAAUUCACAAAUGUUGUAUAAAAAUAUGUAUGACUCAUGUUCUUUAUAAAAAAUCUGGGUAUAUAAAGAA